UGUAAGAGAUAUGUACAGAGAAACUAUAUCCCAGGCUUCUGCUAUCAGUGCAUGUGAGGAUGCCCCUCAGAACACAAAUGAGGAAACAAAUGAAAGCAUUGAAUAUCCACAGAAUUUCAAUGACACUUACCUAAGGAAUGUAUGUUUAUUCUACCUAAAGUUGCAAGGACAGCUCCUCCUUCCAAACUCAACAAUCCAGACGAUUGUUGAAGAAAUGCAAAAUGUGCAUACAUUAGGACAGGAGUACACAUUAAGUAAACUUCAUUCACUUUUGAAAAAUGACAUGCGUCUUCCAGAUGAUGCUAUUGCUAAAAUAUGUGGUUUUGUGAAGGAUUCAGAUCUGUUCUCUCUGUGUCAUCAGGGACCACUGAGAACAACGAGAGCAGUCUGCCCAGUGACCGAAGUCUGGUGAACACGUCUCAGGUGGCUACUUGGAGAACUACCCUCUGAAUCGCUGAUAUGACUGACUUGGAGCAAUCGUUUCUACGCUCCGCAAUCACUGAGGUCUUGCCUGACCUUCCAGAGAUGACAAAGGAUGUUUUAGAAGAGCACUUACAAUCCCUUGGGGUAGAGACCUAUGAUGAUUUCCAGUUUAUUGAGGAAGCUGACUUGCUGUCUGCGCUGAGGCCAAUUCAAGCACGAAAAGUUGUUGCUGUCUUGAAACAGAGAUGGAAGUCAAGUAUUACAACCAGCAGCUCAUCUGUUGAUACUUCGCCAGGACCUCCUCCAUACUCGCAGUCUCUUUCACCAGAAAGUUUAACCCCAACCUCUUCAAACAGCAGCCAAAGCCCUCAUGUCGACUGGGUGGAUACGUUUGUGAUUCCGUGGGAUAAGUUCCCAGAGGAACUGAUGCAAACUUUGGAGAGAGAAAAGCGACCAAGUCCACGAAUGAGAAGGGAGAUGGUCCGACUUGUGGUUCAUGAGAUGACACAAAAAAGUUCCUGCAUAAGUAGAAGGAGCUCUAUUGAAGUUGCAAAAAAGAUGGUAUCAAAAUAUCCCAAAUCUUUGCAAGACGUCAUAGAAGGAGACGUGAUUGGGCAAGGGUAUCACUCUCUUGUUAAGCAAUUGCAAAACCGAAUCGAGAAUGUGAAGCGAUCAACAACCCCAAAAAUAAGAAAGCGAAGGUAUCGCACUGAUGAUUCUGACACCGAUGAAGUCCCCCCAGAAAAGAGAGCAGCGAUCCAGGACACUUAUGGGUGCAUAACCUGGGAUCCAAAAUUCCUUCCUCUUGGAGAGACCCCAGAGAGCCAGAAGGAAAAGAGAGAAAAAAUGAAGAGACCGGACGUUAAUUCAGAGGAGCUCAAAAGCCUAAUGAAGAACACUUUCUACUCUCAGCGUAAAGAAGUUAACCAGGGGAAAAACAUCAAGCAUCUCCUGGAACAGUGGCCAUUUUUCUUUGAGGAACUUGGCUUGGCAGUCCACUUCAGGGAACUCACCGGAAUUGGGCUUCAAGAAACGUUCUUGAGGAAUCUGGAUAUGAAAGGGAAACGACUCCUGAACUACCUGAACACUGUUGCUGUCCACAAGAACAAAAGGUUCCUACAGGCUUUAACAAAGUUAAAAGCGAUGAGAGGAGAGCUGUGUGGUCUCUCUGAAGACGUCAAAGAGAUGGUGCUGCUUCUGCUGUCAUACUUCGAUGAGAAAGAAGACGCGAUGUUCUGUUAUGUGGAGGACACGUGUCUGGCCGAGGAAAUACAGAUGGAAAAAGUCCACUUGACCCCUACCAUUGUUGUGUGUGGACAAUCCUGCUUUUCUUCAAGGCGCACCAUGCUGAGCGUGGAUCGAAAUAUCGUCAACGACCACAUCCCCUCAUUCAUUUCUGCCCUGUGCUUGAUGUUUGGGAGCUUCUAUUGUUUCAACAUUCAUUACCCGUCAGAGCUGGCAUCAACGCUGGAGUUUCUGCAAAGGUGUUUUUUCUCCAUCAACCCAGAGAAGGGCACUAAAGUGGAGAAGACCAACACAUCCCGUCUUACCGUCAACCCAAGGGUCCUCACCUUGAUCCAGGAUCUUUCGGAUCAUGAAUGGUGCGAUGUCUGAACAUGGACCACUCACAGCUUGAAGGUUUAUAUCAGCCCAUUAUGUUCUUUGUAUUUCAGGCUUAAAGGGUAAUUCCUGUGUAAAAAGGAUUUGGGAUAUGUUUUGUAUGAUAACGAGUUGAAACGUUCAUUUUGGAGCACAAAAAACACAUAUAGACGCAUUCUUCAGUUGGCUGUUAAAGAAGUUAAAGAAAUUUUUACCAUAACCAGUGCCCCUAUUGUUCCAAGUUGUUCA